CCUCACAGCAAUAUUACCGUGCCGUGUCUCACCUUUGUUACACCUUUAAUGGGGACGUCCACACCUCAGAUCAAAAAUGCCUGUUAUGAAAGGAUUACUAGCGCCUCAGAACACAUUUCUGGAUACUAUUGCGACGCGUUUUGACGGCACACAUAGUAACUUCAUCCUGGCAAAUGCACAAGUGUCAAAGGGCUUCCCGAUUGUGUACUGCUCUGAUGGUUUCUGUGAGCUCACAGGCUUUGCACGCAAUGAGGUCAUGCAAAAGAGCUGUGCGUGUAAAUUCCUGUAUGGAACAGACACGAGCGAGCAGGUCAUCCUCCACAUCGAUAAUGCCCUCGAGGAGCGGAAGGAAUUCAAGGCGGAGGUAACCUUCUACAAGAAAAAUGGUAAUUUAUUCUCGUGCCUCCUGGACAUAGUCCCCAUAAAAAAUGAAAAAGGAGAUGUGGUUCUCUUCUUGGCAUCAUUUAAGGACAUCACAGAUACAAAGGACAAGAUUAUUCCUGAAGAGGGCAGGAAGGAAGAGAGCAACAAAGGUAAAGUCAAAACACAGUCUCCCCUCAGUUCUGCUCGAAUUCGAAGCCGCACGGUUCUCUAUCAAAUCUCCGGACACCUGCAGAGCCGACAGAAGAAGAGCAAAAUCAAACUGAACAAGAAUGUGUUUGGAGACCCACCGGCACUUCCAGAGUACAAGGUUGCUGAUGCAAAAAAAUCAAAAUUCAUCCUGCUCCACUUCAGUACCUUCAAAGCAGGCUGGGAUUGGUUAAUCUUAUUGGCCACAUUUUACGUGGCUGUGACAGUACCAUACAACGUGUGCUUCAUCGGAGAUGACGAUGACAUCACGCGAAGCACCACCGUCAGCGACAUUGCUGUAGAAAUUCUUUUCAUAAUUGAUAUUGUUUUAAAUUUCCGUACAACCUAUGUGAGUAAGUCAGGACAAGUUAUAUUUGAAGCUCGAUUAAUAUGCAUCCAUUACAUGACCACAUGGUUCAUCAUUGACCUUGUGGCUGCUCUUCCCUUUGAUCUUCUUUAUGCCUUCAAAGUCAGUGUGGUGUCAGUGGUUCACCUGCUGAAGACGGUGCGCCUGCUUCGCCUCCUGCGUCUGCUGCAGAAGAUGGAUCGCUACUCCCAGCACAGCACGGUGGUUCUGACCCUGCUCAUGUCCAUGUUCGCCCUGCUGGCCCACUGGAUGGCCUGCAUCUGGUACGUCAUUGGAAAGAAGGAGAUGGAGGCCAAUGCAUUCUCCUGGGACAUCGGUUGGCUCCACGAGCUGGGAAAGCGUCUUGAAUCCCCGUACAGCAGCGGGAACAGCACAGCUGGGCCCUCCCUCCGCAGCGUCUACAUCGCCUCACUCUACUUCACCCUCAGCAGCCUCACCAGCGUGGGCUUCGGGAACGUCUCCGCAAACACCGACGCCGAGAAGAUCUUCUCCAUCUGCACCAUGCUCAUCGGAGCUUUGAUGCAUGCCCUGGUGUUUGGGAACGUGACCGCGAUCAUCCAGCGCAUGUACUCCCGCUGGUCUCUCUACCAUACACGCACAAAGGACCUGAAGGACUUCAUCCGGGUGCACCACCUGCCCCAGCAGCUCAAGCAGAGGAUGCUGGAGUACUUCCAGACAAUCUGGUCGGUCAACAACGGGAUUGACGCCAACGAGCUGCUGAAGGACUUCCCUGACGAAUUGCGCUCCGACAUCACUAUGCACCUCAACAAGGAGAUCCUGCAGCUCUCACUGUUUGAAUCGGCCAGCAGGGGAUGCCUGCGCUCCCUCUCACUCCACAUCAAGACCUCCUUCUGCGCCCCGGGCGAAUACCUGCUGCGCCAGGGUGAUGCUCUGCAGGCCAUCUUCUUCGUCUGCUCUGGCUCCAUGGAGGUCCUGAAGGACGGCAUGGUUCUCGCUAUCCUGGGAAAAGGAGACUUGAUCGGUGCAAACUUGUCCGUUCAUAACAGAGCAAUCAAGACUAAGGCAGAUGUUAAGGCUCUGACAUAUUGUGACCUCCAGUGCAUUAGCCUGAAGGGGUUAUACGAGGUGCUCGACCUUUACCCUGAAUAUGCCCACAAAUUUGUAGAAGAUAUUCAACAGGAUCUCACAUACAACCUGAGAGAGGGACAGGAUAGUGAUGUGUGUGAAAGAAAUCGGGAGAGGCGUUCUCUAAUUCAAAAUGAGGUGGUCUCAAGAUUGUCUGGCAAAGCAUCAGUAUCGCAGGGGGACGGGAAAGGUAACGGACGUGCUACCCAGCGCUGCCCAUCAAUUACAGAGGACCAUGAAGAGGAGGAGGAAGCUGCCCCCUCUCCACUUUCUCUUGAUUUGGACAGAAACAGGCCUCUGUAUCUGAGGGAUGUGUCCAUGAGGAAGUCCCCACCCACUCAUGGCACCUCCAGACAGGAAUGUGGAGCCAGUCAAGUCACAGGGACAGACAGAAACACCAUGAAACUAGGAAAGAAGCUGAAGAUUAAUCUUGUUACUGGUAACAGUCUGGGCCCUCCUGACCUUAGGUAUCUGUCAUUCAUUAUCUAUUAUUUAUUUAUUUGUCUGUCUAUCCAUCCAUGUGUCUGUGUCCGUCUGUCUGUGUAUCUUUAUAUCUUUUGCUCUGCGUAUAGGAUUGUGGAUGGUACAGAGGACAGUGCUGGUAUGGAUAGUGCUACUCCAGACAUAAAGCUGUCCCCCCGUCAUUUGUACCUGUCCAAGACUUCUGUGACUCCUGCAGACUUUCGCCAGGUUAGCACGGAAGAGGUAGCGGCAAAGAGCGAGGAAACCAGGAGACAGUUACGUCAGCUCAACCAAGAGGUCAGCCUGUUGAGUAAGGAGGUGUCUGAGCUAGGUCAAGGCAUUAGGAGCCUGAUGUUCCUGCUGGAGGACCUGCUCACAGGCCCCAAAACACCUGCGUUCUUCCAGGGCCCAGCAACAGACAGCUGCUCUGCCCAUAUGGAUUGGACUGCUCCUUCCCUACUUUCAUCCUAUUUGCACUCCCAGCCAAGCAGCACUGCCUGCCCAUCCACACAGUUCACCCAGGACCAUACCUCUACCCAGGUCACAGACACGGACUCUCCGCAGCACUCCAGCAGUCCUCACAGAACUGUCCCCUCACCACAGAGACACCUGCAAUGCGAGCUUCUCAACCCUUUAUCCACACCCCUGCCCUCUGUUCCUGUCCCACUUCAGAGCCACCUUAUGCAAUUGGUCAGGUGCACGACCCCUCAGAGGGACAUCCCAUUCACCUUCUCACAGCCAAUUUCUGCUACCCCGUCCCCCACGUGGACACCCGUCAUUGGAGGCCAGCUUGUCAGCUCUCCACGGUCACACAGCCUCAAAGACAUUAACGUUUCUUGUGGUGCAGAAGAAACAGCACCCGCCUCUUUGCCGAGGCUGAGCAGUCUGCCUCAGGAAAUCCUGCUGUCUCCCGAGGAUCUCGGAAAGGAGGGAGCCACAGAUUUGUAG